AUGACACAACCCCUCACAAACCAAGCGCGAAGCACCUACCGCGCGCUCCUCCGCGAGCUCCCCAAGGCGACUAAAUCGACCCCGUCGCCCAUCCACGCCCGCCUCAGAACCCUCUUCCGCUCCGAACCGCAAGCCGCCUCCACAUCCCAGACAAUUUCAACCUCGCCUGCUUCCUCAAUAGCAGCAACCAGCGGCCCGCACGCAACUCCUUUCUCCACGCCGAUCACGAGCGAAGAGCGCGCUCUGCGCCUGCAGGAGGCGGAGCAGGUGGCGCAGUAUGCUCGCGCGCAACGCACCUAUGCUGCGCUGUUGGAGCGGUAUAAUCCCGGCAUGAAUAUGGAUGAGGAGGAGAAGAUCCGUCUUACUGCGAGGCGGGUUGGGAUGGAUCUGCCUGAUUUGUAUGAAGUUGAGAAGAAGACUGAAUGA